UGUAAAAUUUGAACCGUAGCGUAGGAGGGAAAUAGCUUCAAAGUUCAAACUCUCUCUCAAUUGCUGGACCGAGAAAAAGCACAACUGUGCCUUAUUCUUCUUCUAGGGUCACACACAGCUGCGAGCUCUCUCAACUCAGGAUGAGCAAGGAAAAUGAGCAUUUAGGAGGGUUAUCAGAGCAACAAAAAGUUCGAAUUUCUAGAAUUUCAGAGCAGCCAAGGCCCUCCUUGCCCGCAAAAGGCCUCGCCACUCCACUAAUACCCACCAUCAGUUUCCUGACAAAUAUGCAGAUACAAAGAGAAUUGAAACUCCAGCACAGGUUAUUGGCAUCAAAAGGCUUCCUCUUUCAGAGAUUCCAAUGAACACACCUUCCCCAGCUUCCUUUAAGGGGUCGAAAAUACCAGGAGGUGAAUGUAACAUCAGUUCAUGUUCUGGGGGCAUAUCCGUUAGUAUGAUUGAUGAUAGUUUGAGUAUAAGGACAAUGGGUGUUGAUUUGGAGAAUGAGGCAGUUCCUAAUUCAUUUGAAACUCCAACAAGACAACUGGAAUGUAGCGGCAGUUUAUGCUCUGAUGCCAUAUUUGUCAACGGAAUUGAAUCGAUUGAUGAUAGUUUGAGUAAAAGGAAAACGGGUGUUGUGUUGGAAGAUCAGUCUGGGCUAAGUUCUUUUGUUACUCCAGUGGGACAACUGCAUUUUUCUGCCUUGUGCAAGUCUUCAUCUGUAUCUAGUGUUUUAGAUGAGGAUAUUGACAAUACCAUUUUGGAAGAAAUUGAUGCUCUAUGUGAGCAGAAGACAGUGGUAAACUCAGGAAGGGAGGAGUGCAGCGGUAAUUUUCAAAUGGAAAUUCAGUCUGUUGAAGAGAAUAGUUCGGAGCAAAAGACAAAUUUGAGUUCUGUUUUUUCCCGGAGUUGUUGAAAACUGAAGGCAUUAUGAAUUCAAGUGAGGAUCAAGAAUGUGGAGUAGGGGAAUUGAGGAUUUCAGUGGCCGCACAAAAUGGGAGUAUGCUAGAGGAAUCUGUGAAAUAUAUGGAUUCUCUGAAUGACAGGCAGCGGGAAGCUGCUUGUAGUGACAUUUCUAUCCCUUUGAUGAUUGUUGCUGGACCAGGAAGUGGAAAGACUGCUACGAUGGUUGGACGUGUUCUGAUGUUGCUUAAUGAGCAUUGGUCCAUCCAAUAUUCUGGCUAUGACUUUCACUACAGCGGCUGUUUCUGAAAUGAGAGAUCGAAUUGGAGCAGUGGCUGGGAAGGCAACAGCGAAAGACCUUACAAUCAGCACAUUCCAUUCAUUUUCUCUGCAACUUUGUCAUUCACAUACUGAAAAGUAUGCAUAUUUUGAGAUUUUUCAAAGUAUUCGUGACUUGGACUUGGAAAUAUAUGUAUAUGUUGUUCAGGCUUACUUGUUGCCGUCUUUUCAAAAUACAAAUUUACU